AAACAGAAGACAACAAACCAGCCAAUCACAGCAGGCCCGUGACACACAAAUUCUUCCGGCAGCCGGCACUCGCAGCAUGCACUGCCACGCCCUUUUUUUUUCCAAGGGCGCUGGAACUUACCGUUGGUUAUCCCCCAUGUAUUUGUAAACCGCCUGAUGAUCCAGUUCUAGACCGACUUACUCGCGCCCUGCCCGAUCUGAUUCCAUAUAUUUAUUGACGCCAUAGUGUUGCGCGUUCUGCUCCUCUUCUACAUAUUUCUAAUUAUUUCUCGCCCAAAAAGCACCAAACUGAAUGAUAAACGCACAAUACGGCUACCAAGUAGCCCCCAACUAUAAGACGAGCUGUCUCGGAUCACGUUGACUAUGUGUGCGCGCAUACAGACUGCUCCUACAUAAGAGAGAUAAGAGAAAACGCCUCAGCCCUAGUAUGGCAUAGGCAUACACACCAACACCACGAGGCCAAAGAAAGAAACAUACCAAGGUUUGCAGCAGGACCGCCCUGCCACCCGCCGCACUCAUGCCCUUCAAGGUUAAGCCUGCAGAUCUCAAUGAGAAGAACCGCGAAUGUCAGCGGCGGUCCCGCGCCAGACGCAAGGCGCUGAUCGAAGAUCUCUCCCAGGAGGUUGCUCGGUUCAGGAGCGAGGGUGUUUCCGCUACUGUUGAGAUGCAAGAGGCUGCCAAGGCGAUUUCGCUCGAAAACCAGUGCCUCAGGGCCCUGUUGGCUUGGCACGGCAUCUCGCAGGCUGAAGUCGACCAGGCCCUCGCAUCUGCCCAAUACCUGCUCCCACGCCUGUCCGAACAUGAUGAGCGGCUACCCCUCCAACCCAAAACGGUGGCUGCGGUUGCAACAUCCGUCUCGAGUGUCUCAUCAGACGAGCAAGCUCAGUCCAUAUCACCUGAUAUUGACUUUUUGCACAUGUCGCCAGCAGCAACGGCAUCGCCGGCGGUGCAUCACGGGCACAACCUGCGCAGCCACCCAGUACCAUCUAUGGAUAGUUAUGACACGCUUUCUGCGGUGUCAAGCUAUCCGAUGCUGCCAGAGCCGCUCGCAAUGCACCCGUUCACAAUGGAACCGUUCACAAUGACUACCAACCAUGAAGGUGGUCAAGAGAUGCCGUGUGAUGCCGCAGCCGACAUUCUUAUACAGAUUCCUGGCACACAGGAUCCCGGAAUGACACGAGCGGCACUUGGCUGCAUUGGGAAUACAAGCUGCUCGGUCAAAAACUCGGCCGUUUUUAGAUUAAUAGACGAGAUGAAUUAAGGUUAGUGCCAAAGCGAACAUGGGUGGUUGCUCUUAUGUACAAUAUCAAAUGGCGCAAGCGUUUUUCAAUACAAUCUUCAUUUGACUUUAGUAUACGUGUUUAAACUGCAGGAGUCUAAUCUGUGCGGCAUGCCCUGAAACACUAUGCUAAUGGUUACAAGUGACACAUUCCUCCCUCGUUCAGAUAAACGAUAACGAAUAGCAACGUUUUGCAAGACUGUCCAUGUACGCAAGUGAUGCAAGAUAGUGGAAACCAGUCACACUCUUAUCAUCCCCUGCUUCACACGUCGAAUAUGACCACUUGGCAGGCGUGGAUACACUAUUUCCAAGCGCCACUGACACAUUGACCUCGUGCACCACUGACUGGGCCUUCGCUCGCACCCAAACUUUUUCUAUUCGCAGCUUCGACUGUACGCUCCCAUGUGAACUAUUAUUAUUAGGCUUUCUUCAUAGAGAUGAUGGGGGCGUGCCGGCGGAUACCGGCCGUUUUGCCAAGUCGCGACCACUUACACAGUAUAUCACACGUAGGCAAUCCCCU